GUUGGAACAGCGGUCGUUACCAGCAGCAGCAGUAGUCCAGUUGUAAGUGGCCGUGUCGGUUGUUAGGAGGGUACCUGCAGAAAUCUGUCUUAGUAAUUUAGAACCACAUCCAUGUGUUGAGGCGUCGGUGGACGUGCAGUGUGUGAGUGUGGGGUUGGGUCAUCCCUUCCCAUCGCUCGUCUAGAGGACAGGUCAGUGUAGAGACCGCAGAACAUGGAGGACCUAGCGCUAGUCCUCCUUGUGGCCGUGGUAACGUUGUUGAAUCCCGAAGGAAUGUCGGCAGGAGGUCUUGCCAUCAGACGGAGUAUUGCCGUCAUACCACAUGACAUAUAUCCCGGAUACAGCAUCAAGAAGUUCGAAGGAAGCCAACAGCUGAUGAACUACCGUCUGCUGGAGACCGGCUUCUCUGAAUUCUUCACUGUGUUAGAGGACGGUCUGGUGAUGACCACAUCCGAUCUGAGCCCGCUGGUGAAUAGACCUGUUAAUUUGGUCGUUCUGGAGGAAACCCCGAAUAGUACAGCCACACACACGUUGCAGCUUUACGUUCUGGACCGAAGGGACAUGCUCGCGUUUCAGAAGGAUCUGUACGAAGGCGGAGAGGUGCCCGAGAACUCGCCCGCUGGUACCACGGUCGAGGGUAUCCCUCGCCUUGAAGCCAGCGGGGGUGGCGUCGGAGGACUUCCAGUCAGAUACGCCAUCGUGGCCGGAAACGAGGACGGCUCCUUUGCGUUGCAGGAGCGUGUAAACGGAGACAACGAGACGCUGAGCGGUACUUCCAAAAUGGGCUUGGAUGGGGUUCGUCUCGUGACAGCGCGUCCUCUGGACAGGGAAACCACGUCUAGCUAUACCUUGACCGUGCAGGCGGCAGACGGCCGUGGCAUCGACAAAGCUGUCACCAAAGUCAAAGUGACAAUAUUGGACGAAAAUGACAACAGUCCCGUGUUUUCUAAGCACGUUUAUCGUUUCAACUUGGGAGACUGUAAGAGUGGCUCGGAAGACAAUGGUACGGUGACGAACACGUGGAAGCGCUUGGCGGCGAUAGGGACAGUUUCGGCGACGGAUGCGGACGGGGAUCGGGUUGCAUACCGUCUUGCCGUUCCAAGUAACUUAGUGGUGAUAGUUCCCCAGACAGGUGACUUGCUUCUGGCUGGGGACCCUCCGAGUGCUCUAGGAGAAGAUGUUGAGUAUGAAAUCACGGUAGAUGCUCACGACUUGAGAAUACCCAGUCGUUCGUCCGAGGUUCCUGCUCAAGUGUGGCUGCAGUUCAGUUCGCUGGCUCAAGACGACGGUCACCUGCAGAACUUGGACAAGGACCCACCGCAGGCGCACCGGAUCUCAAAGCGCCGCGUAACUCGCGCAGUGAGACCCACCAAGAAGAUAGAGUUCACAGAGGCGGACGGCGAGACCGAGGGCCGCGUCGUUUUCCAGCUGGAGAAAGAGACGGAGCGAGAGACUUUCAAGAUUCGAGACGAGAACCCUUGGGUUACUGUGGAACCAAACGGCGCCGUGCGCGUUAAGAAGAAGUGGGACUACGAGGAGCUCGGCCCUGAGAAGACCAUCGAUUUCUGGGUCAGCAUCACCAACGCUGGACUUGGAACUGGAGGUACCAAAAAGUUAUGAACUUCCGUAACCUGAGGACGAGGACGAAGAUGGUUCUCGAAACGCUGGUGUUUUCUCCAUUAAACCACCUGACACGGCUUGGAGACUGAGAAGAAUGCAUUAUACUUAAUUGCUGUGAAGGCUUCAGAUCAUGCGUUUAUUGGAGGUUUACCGUAGAGUUUCAUCCGAAUCUUUCACGUAAUUGGUGUUACGAAAGGACAGACGUGGUGAAACUAAGCUUAAAACGUGUGAAUUUAAAGUUCAGUUACUGUGUUUAUAAAACGUGCAUAUAAAUGAGAAUUCUAAAGCGACGUUGUAUGGAAUCGCGUAUGAAACUGAUUAGUAUAGAAUUAGAAGACUUGCAAAACAACAUAUGACAAUGAAAUGCUGAGGGAAUUAUCUGUGCACGAGAGAGAGAGAGAGGAAGAAACAGGAAGAUGGAGGGAUUUGGAUAAUGACUUCAAUUUGUACUAUUCAUUGAACAUUAUGUGGAUGGUGAAAUCAGUGAGUACGAGCUAGGUGGGACGGCGGUGAGUUCAAAGAUGGCGACUCAUUUCCCUGAUGAUGGAGGACCAAGUAUCUCAGAAACGCUGAUAAACGUCAGCCCGACUGCAAGGCGGUACAGGCAGAAGACACCUGUCUGUUGAAAGUAUCGUGUCUGUCCACAGAUUCCAGCAUUCAAUUAUAUCGUUUUAAUAUUUUUAAA